AUGCCAGCUAGCAACGGACUUCAGAUCCCGCAGGACAAGGCGGUGCUCUCGCCCUCGCAGGCGCUCGAGCAUCUCAAGACCUACGCCGAGGGCGACGGUCUCAGCAUGGCCGAGCUCAUCGACUCGCGCCAGCACGGCGGUCUCACCUACAACGACUUUCUCGUUCUUCCUGGUUUUAUCAACUUUAACGCCUCGGACGUCAGCCUGCGCACCAGGGUCACCAAGAACGUGACGCUCAACACGCCCUUCCUCUCGUCGCCCAUGGACACGGUCACCGAGACCGAGAUGGCCAUCGCCAUGGGACUGAUGGGUGGUAUGGGUGUCAUUCACAACAACAUGAGCCCUCAGGAGCAGGCUAGCGUUGUUCGCAAGGUCAAGAAGUACGAGAAUGGUUUCAUUACUGAACCGCUCUGCCUCGACCCCAAGGCUACCGUCGGUGAUGUGCUCGAGAUCAAGGAGCGUCUUGGUUUCGGUGGUAUUCCUAUCACUGACACUGGUGCCAUGCACGGCAAGCUGCUCGGCAUUGUCACCGCUCGUGACGUUCAGUUCCGUGAUGCGACGCUCCCGCUCAGCGAGGUCAUGACCACCGACCUCGUCACCGCCACGCAGGGCGUCACUCUGGAGCAGGCCAACUCGAUCCUGCGCGACAGCAAGAAGGGCAAGUUGCCCAUCGUCGACGCCGAGGGCCGUCUGGUCGCCUUGCUCGCUCGUUCCGACUUGCUCAAGAAUCAGAACUACCCUCUGGCUUCCAAGCGCCCGGAGAGCAAGCAGCUCUACUGUGCCGCUGCCAUCGGCACUCGUCCCUCGGACCGCGAGCGUCUGGGACUGCUCGUUGAGGCCGGUCUGGAUGUCGUCAUUCUCGACUCGUCGCAGGGUAACUCGGUGUACCAGAUCGACAUGAUCCAGUGGAUCAAGCAGACCUACCCUCACGUCGACGUUGUGGCCGGUAACGUCGUGACGCGCGAGCAGGCUGCUAGCUUGAUUGCUGCUGGCGCUGACGCUCUGCGUGUCGGUAUGGGUUCCGGUUCGAUCUGCAUCACCCAGGAGGUGAUGGCUGUGGGUCGACCUCAGGGUACCGCUGUGCACGCUGUCGCCGAGUUUGCCUCCAAGUUCGGCGUCCCCGUGAUUGCUGACGGCGGCAUCUCGAACGUGGGUCACAUUGCCAAGGCUCUCGCUCUGGGCGCCAGCGCUGUGAUGAUGGGCGGUUUGCUUGCCGGUACCACCGAGUCGCCCGGUGACUACUUCUACCGCGACGGCAAGCGUCUCAAGGGAUACCGUGGAAUGGGGUCCAUCGAGGCCAUGGAGCACCAAAAGAAGAGCAAGAUCGCUGGUGCUACGGGCAGGGGCGCUGCCAAGGCCGACAAGGUCGCCGCGGACGAGAACGCCGCUACGCAGCGAUACUUUAGCGAGAGCGACGCAGUCAAGGUUGCUCAGGGCGUCGCGGGCGCCGUGCAGGACAAGGGAAGCGUCAAGAAGUUCUUGCCUUACCUGUACACGGGCCUGCAGCACUCGUUGCAGGAUAUGGGUGUUCCUCACCUGUACGAGCUGCGCACUGCCGUGGGUUCGGGUCAGGUCAGGUUCGAGCUGAGGACUGCCUCGGCUCAGGUUGAGGGUGGAGUGCAUGGAUUGCACAGCUACGAGAAGAGGUUGUUCUCGUCCUAG